GUCUAGUGUCAUAAUAGAAGUUUGUGGUCGAAUGGCAGCAUGAAAAAACACCUUUAAGUAGUGUUAGCAAUAUAAAAGUAUUACAUAUAUGAGCUGAACUAAUAUACAUAUAUUUUUGAAACUUAAAGUGAGAAAGAUUAUGGAAAUGUUCAUGACGCAUUGAAUACUUAUUAAAACAAAUGAUAACAGCGAAUUGAUUAUGGAGACACAGCCGUUGAAAGUGCCUGAAACAUCUCCACCGCCAUAUACUAAUUCUGUUGCAACAGCUCCAGCAGUGAAUUCAUCACAAUGGCAACCACCUCCCGGAUACUAUCCUAACAUUGAUUCUGGUUAUCAACCUGGCUAUCAAGGAAGCCAUGUUCCAUCAUAUGGCUCUACACAUUCCACUGCAAUCAUUGUUCCAGAAAUUAUUGUAGUUGGCGGUUGUCCAGCAUGUAGAAUAGGAAUAAUGGAAGAUGAUUAUACAUGUCUUGGCUUGUUUUGUGCGAUUUUUUUCUUUCCUCUCGGAAUUAUCUGUUGUCUGCUAUUAAGGACAAAACGCUGUUCAAAUUGUGGAGCUUAUUUUGAUUAAUUAAAAUUGAAUCAUCGCAUGGUCUCAAAGCCCUAAAAGCUGGCUAAAAUAUGAAAGUAUUUUUCAAUUUAGUUACGAAAUUUAAUAUCUAUAAUGGUUUUCGAGAUCACUGAUUAUCGACUCGAAAUCAAAUUAUAAAGGAGGAAAUGGAUCUAUUUAAUGUAGCCAACGUAUG